AUGGAUUCUUUGCCUGCUGCUGAUCAAUUACCGACGUCGAUGAGAGGUUUUACCCCCGAACAGCUAGCCGAAGUGGCGAAAUGGCGAAAUCAACCUAUCGCUUUAGUUUUACAACUUAAAGGCUAUAAAUUAUUGGAGCACAACUUUACUUAUCGUGAUUACGAGAUGUGCGAAAUUAUUUGUUUAAUCUUGAUUGAUUUGUAUAUAUUUGAAUUAUUAUAUCGGCCUGUGAUGCGAUUACCACUGAUUGCGCAUCAUUUCACUACAAUCGGGCUUGUAAUCUACGGAACAUAUAUUAUAAAAGAAUGUCAAAACCUGGAUCUCUUUACAUUGGCAUUAAUCUUAUUGUUUCAAGCCAGCACCGAACAAUUAACUUUUCUUGGAUUAUUUUUUUAUCGAAUAAAACCUUCUUGGUCGUCACCGACGCUAUUUUUUGCCGCCGUUCAAGUUUUCAUUGUUAAAUUUGCUACACUCAUUUGGUGUUACGUGUUUUGGGGGAAAUAUUUAUUGCCAAAUAAAGACGGUAAAGCCAUAGUAACAGGAUUCAACGUGGUAUUUCCAAUCGGCGGACUCAUCCUCUUUGGAACACAACUUUGGUCGACUUACGUCGUAUGGGUAAUUGCAAAGAAAGCCCAUCAAAAUACAAAUGCUAACGCUCAGCGCCAUGACGUUAGUGAAAAAAAAUUAGAGGAAGGUGCUGAUAAUUCUUCACAUCCUAUCGAUAGUAAUAACGCCUCUACUAUUGUAAACUAG